UCAAGUCAAGAUCAACUCCGUUCUUACCGCCGGUCUUUUACAUUACCAUACCAACAUGACAUUGAAACUCGAGCAUUCCUUCUUCUUCUUCUUCUUCUUCAGUGGUCAACCUCUCCGGUCGCUCUGCAGCUGUUCAAAUGGCUUCGGCAGCCACAGAAGGAUUUCACCGGGACAUAGAGAGUGGCGUGCUGCCACCGCCAAACUCGGGCACGACUGGGCAGUUUGAUCAAUCUUUGACGAAGAACAAGGCCAUGCCGCGCAAGAGCACGGAGUUGCACUCAGCGGCUGAGCAGGAUGACGCCGCUUCCGUGAAGCGGAUCCUUCUCGAAAUCGACAGCCGACGGCCGAUCCAUGGGGCGAGCACAGAAGUAAGCGUUGCUCCUCUGAAAUCGGUGGAUGAAAUGAACGAAUCAGGAGAGACUGCGUUGUUUGUGGCAGCAAAAAAAGGGAAUGCGAGCAUCGUGAAGGAACUGCUCAAGCAUUCGACCAGAGAAGGGGUUAUGAGGAAGAACAUCGACGGUUUGACUGCCCUGCACAUUGCUUCUGGUCAUGGACAUGCUGACAUUGUUCAAAUGCUUUUAGAUUAUGAACCCGAGUUGAUCAAGACUGCCGGCCCCUCAAAUAGCAGCCCUCUUAUGGCUGCAGCUACAAGAGGGCACGCUGCUGUAGUUGAUCAGCUUCUAGCAAGGGAUUGUAGCUUGCUAACAGUUCUCAAAUCAAAUGGAAGAAAUGCGUUGCAUCUAGCUGCAAGGCUUGGGCUUGUAGAGGUUGUUCAAUCCUUGCUCGGCAAAGACAAGCAAUUGGGACGGAGGAGUGAUUCAAAAGGCCAAAAUGCAUUGCAUUUGGCCGUGAAAGGAUAUAGUCAAAAAGUUGUUAAGUUGCUUAUUGAGGCAGAUCCAGCAGUGGUUGUGCUUCCUGACUUGCUUGGUAAUACAGCAUUGCAUGUUGCUACAAGAAAGGCCCGAGAUAAGAUAGUGGAGGACUUAUUACUGUACCCGGAAACCAACGUCAAUGCAACAAAUAAGGACCGCAAAACUGCUCUUGACAUAGCUGAAGAGCUCCCUUAUUCUCCAGAGUCCAUUAACAUCACAAGCUGCCUUUCUCGUAAGGGUGCUUCCCGAGCUAAUGACCUCAUAGCUGUCAAAGAACUCAAUAAAGCUCUUCAGGGAGGGAUCAACAGUGCACAUUCUGUAAAUAUGGCUGCCAUUCUCAUAGCCCAAAUUGCAUUUGCAGCCAUUUUCACUGUGCCCAGUGGUGGUGAUAGUAGUGGGAUUCCUCUAGCCAUGAGCAGUACCUCCGUUAAAGUAUUGAUCAUCUGUAACUCCAUAGCAUUUUUCGCGUCCAUAGCGGUGGUGCUAAUUCAGGUCACAGUGACCAGAGGAGAGACCGAACCAGAGGCACUUGCCAUGGUGGCGGAGGUAACAGGGAAACUCAUAUGGCUAGCGACAAUUAGCAUUUCUGUGGUAUUCAUGACUGCAAUAUAUAUAGUGGUCGGCAGGCAGAACGAGUGGGCUUCAACCUUGAUUACGGUUACAGGGGGAGUUAUAUUACUGGGAUCUCUUGGCAUCAAGACUUACUAUGAGAUGAAAUUAAGGAGGAUUAGGUCGAUAAGGAAAAAGGAGACAUAGGCCAAGAGGUGUUUGAGUAAGUGGUCUCUCUUUAUGGUCCUGCGGUUGUCUCUCUGUGCACUUAUUUAUCUUAACCAAAAAUUGCGAUUCCUAUUGGUUGAAGAUUCUGUGCAUCAAUACUGGGCAAUUUCUAUGAAGGUGCGGAUGAGUGUUAGAUGCUGAGCCUAUGCCGAGUGCAUGCCACUGUGGUCGUCCUGAGGCUGGGGCUAACCCAAAUCGGUUAUGGGAGGUGGAGGCACAAUCGCGGUUAGAAAGAAAGAUAAGAAAAGUGCAAUGUGGGUCUUAUAUGGUCUCUACUGUUUCGAUGUGUAAGAUUCAUGUUUAAUCUUAUGUCGGAUUCCAAUUCCAGGGUGAA